GUGUGCGUGCGUGUGUGUGUAUAUAUGUGUGUGCCUGUGCAUGUGUGUGUAUGUGUAGGACGGCUCUGCGUGGGGGUGUUCGCCUGAUGUCAUUUGGAAGAAAGAGGGGCUGUGCUAGCGGUGGGCAUACGGAGGUGGAAGCACAACAAUAACGCUCUCGUUUCCCGUCCAGAAUGGCUCUGGUCGCGCCGCACCGUGACUGAAACACACACACCACAGCCCUGCUUUGUGGUUUCCUCCCCGCGGUCCGGAGAGAGGAGCUCGUCGGCUAACGGACUUCGUACAGAUGCUAUUCCAGCGGAGACGGGGGCAUGAAUAAGCAAGAGGGGGAGGAUGGGUUCUCGUUUUCCUGACGGGUAACGCUAGACCUUCCCUCGCCGAAAACAAGGAUACCGCGAAGUGAGGGAACUUACUUGUUUAUUUAUCUCCUCCGUGGUGUGGCAUUGUUCUUGAAAUGCUAGCGCAGCCGGGGUCUCGGGCGUCGCGCAGCCUCUGGGCCGCAGCUCGGCACACUGAGUCCGGAUUUGGGAAAUAGCUAGCAAGCUAUCCGCUAGCCGCAGUUACCCAAUGCUGCUGCUGCCGCCGCUGCUGCUUCACGGAUCCAAACGACAACACAAGCGGCUGGAGUCCUGGGCCCUGGCGUUCAGCGAGCUAAUGCCUCAUCGGAGGGAUAAUCGAGGGGGAAACAAGCUGGCUUUUUGAGAUGUGAUGCUUUGGACGUUGACGCUUUGCCCUGUUUUGUGUAACGGAAGGCUUCCCUGCCAUCGCCACGAAAGACCAAAUUGCUGCAAUGUGUGGACAAAAUGCACGGCGGAGCCACAACGGCAGGCUCCCAGUGAAGGGGGCGAGGUAGACUGACAACAACCAGCCCAUAUCGGUCCCACCUUUUCACAGUUUGGGGGGUGGGGUGGUGGUGGUGGUGGUGGGGGUCACAUUUGGACCACCACGCCAAAUUUUCCCUCGUCAUUCACCCACUACACACCAAAGCUUAAGCUGGCGAUAUGGAUAAACUGACGAUAAUUUCAGGAUGCCUAUUUCUGGCAGCAGAUAUCUUUGCAAUAGCCAGUAUCGCAAACCCAGAUUGGAUCAACACUGGUGAAUCAGCAGGUGCCCUAACAGUUGGGCUAGUCCGGCAAUGCCAGACUAUCCACGGGCGAGACCGGACCUGUAUCCCACCACGGCUUCCCCCGGAAUGGGUCACCACGCUUUUCUUCAUCAUCAUGGGCAUCAUCUCCCUCACAGUCACCUGCGGACUGCUGGUGGCAUCGCACUGGCGUCGCGAAGCCACCAAAUACGCCCGCUGGAUUGCCUUUACCGGCAUGAUCCUGUUUUGCAUGGCAGCGCUCAUCUUCCCCAUAGGCUUCUAUAUCAACGAGGUGGGGGGCCAGCCAUACAAGUUGCCCAACAACACAGUGGUCGGCUCCUCGUAUGUGCUCUUCGUCCUCUCCAUCUUCUUCACCAUAGUGGGACUGCUGUUUGCGGGGAAAGUUUGCCUCCCAGGCUGAGGACUCGACCACACCUGCCUCUGGACUGAGACAAGAGGCUUUGAAAAAUUUACGGAAUUUACAAAAAACACACAACGACUGAAAGAACAAACACAAACACUCUGGUCAGGAGUCUGACCCAGGGAAGUCUCUGAUUAUCUGUCCGUCUGCAACAAGGGACCGCAGCACCACGGAGUACCUAACCAUUAAAUGAUAUGAAUAAACCAACAAAAUACUAAGGGGGAUACAGGCACAAUGGGGUGGAGUGUGAGGGCGGUGCAGCCGAGGCUGUCGAAGCACCCUGCCGCUGUUUUUUCGAAACACGGUCGUCUUCUGUUGUUGUUGCACUUUCGGAGCGCGAGGCGGGACAGCAGGCAGCCGUGCAGAGGCAGCGAGCAGGGGAGGAAGAACAGGGGGUAUCACUAUGAUACCGAGCAACAGCCGUGCUCAGUAUGCCGCUGUCACGGCAACCACAGCCACAAUGUUGGCGCACAUUUCUGAGGACCACUACAACCACUCCUCAACUUGACUCCUGACCUCCUGCCCACCCCACCGCCCUCAGCACACAUCCAGCACCCGCAGCCCCCUCUACACAUCUCCCCAGUGAGAAAACGUUGCCGUCACUACCACUCAUGUUGCUAUUUUUGGCUUCUCUUAGCUAUUUCAGUUGUGUGUUUUUCUGUUGUUGUACAUUUUGUGUUCUUUUUUCACCCUCAACCCCCAACCUUUCCACUGAAAUUGUUUGAGUGUUAUUGAGGUUCGCUGAACCUUUGAGGGUAAGGGGGGGUUUUCUGCCAGUUCGUCUCUAGAACAGGGUAUUUUCCUGCCUGACACAUAGGAGGGCCCCAGGUGUCUGGUUGGGGAGAGCAGCUGCGAUCCCACCUGUCUGGGCCAGCAGACAGGCUGCUGCGGCACAGAGGAAAGGGUGCAGGUGUGCUGCCUCUUGUCUCCAACCAGCCCCAACUCGCGAACAGGUAACUAGGAGAGGAGCGAAAGAUGAAGGCAAGGGCAGAGAGGGACUCCCAGGGCCUUGAGUGUGGACCCAAGCAGGACCGGGAGUAAGGCAUCUUAAAGGAGAAUGCUACUCAAUCUUACAUAAUGUUAUCUAUACAGUCUAGGACAGCACAAUAAGUAUUACAAGAAGUAUUAGUUAACAUAAACAGCAGUCUUGCUAAGCUAAAACACUUUGACUGAUCUUUGAGGUCACACUGAUGUGCAUCCUUUGCCAAUGAAUAGAAGACUGUGAACUUGCAGAAUAUUCAUCUGAACAUAAACACAACCCAAUAAACUCAAAUAAGCUUGAUAUUGUAGCUCUCAUAGUGUAGAUUAGCCACAGUGACCGGUCCCUUCUUUUUCAAGCAGCUGCAUAUCGCUGUGAUGUUACACUUUUGGGAUCAGGAUGAACUCUUCUGUUAUUACUAGCUAUAGCAGACAGUGUUGGAUUUUUUCCAAAUAGAAACGUUUCUUAAGGUGUUAGAAUAACAUAACUGCAUUUUGACGCUACAAAUUUGGUGGUAUUCUCCUUUAAAACUGGUCCUACAGGAGGGGAAAUAAGGGAGCCAAGAGCAUUUUUGUCUUGUUUUGUAUAACAGUAGAGGCACCGGGACUGCAGGUCAGAUCCAUGCAUGGGGCUGUGCCUCAGUGUGCUGCUCUUGAGGCCCGUGAAUGUAACAAACACACACACACACACACACACACACACACGCUUGUACAGCCACCAUACUGCCCUGUACUGUAUAGAUAGAAACACACAUACACACACACUCUCACAUAUAGGCUUGUACUGUACAGGUUUACACACACAUACACAUUCGGGGAGCAUAAAAACCUACUGAAACUCAGAUUUCCCCUAGACGGAGUGUGUGUUGAAGCAGUCACGGGCUCAAUCGCUAAGUCUUAGAGAGGUCUUUGUAUUUUUGUUUCCUGCUCAGCUUUUCUUACUCUUGGUCUGAUGUAUACUGCUAACUAUAGAUUCUGCAGUGCCCUGUCUUGGUUGAUUCAGUAUUGUGCCAUGACCUGUUUUUGUUUAAUAAUGUAUAGACACAAAAGGCGGGAUUUCUGUAUUAGGAAGCACUGUGCAUUCAACAGUUAAGGUUAACAGAAAUAGAAGCACCACAAAUGUAUAAAAAAAGAGAACUUCUUACCUCAUUGUUUUUGUUUCUGCUAUUAUUUUCUAAUGGUGGCAAUGUGUGCCCUCUAAUUUGUCUCUUGCCUUGAUCAGAUGUCUACACAUAAAGCCUAUGAUCAUAGGAAAUUAUUUAUCACUGAAUAAAAAGAGAAAAAAGAUGGGUGUGUGUGACUUUGACACAGUCAGUCUGUAUGAUUUCCUCUACCUAUUUAAGGGUAUAUGUAGUAUUUCUAAACUAGCGGAACAAGCCAAAUCUGUAGUCUAGAUACAGGUAGACAGAAAUAUUUAUGAAUUUAAUCAAAUGGCAGAUAAAGGCUACUGCUUAACACAAACUGUUUCCAUAGGAUCGCAGCUAUCAGUGGCUCCGCUUUGACUGUUCAAAUUAAGAUUAGGUUAAUUUCUAGUUAGCUACUACUAGCCUGUACAUCAACAUAGAUUAUCUGUGGGGUUUGGCCCAAAUUGUCUUCCCGGCUUACUUGAUGAAUUCUGAAAAGCAUUUGGAAACACAAACCUACUGUGAUUCAAGGGCAGUCACCCAAGAUGCAUUAGUGUAAGGGCUACCAGAGCACAUCUGUUAGAUGCCAGGCAGCUUGACAGAUAGCCUCGCUGACAGCAAAACCUCCUGUGCUUUGAGUAUUGAUAGGCAAUCUCGCUAACGUUUCCUGUGGACAUUUGAAAACAAUGUUUUUCCACAUUGUUAACUCACUGAUCAGUGACCUUCAGUCCCAUUUUUUGAAGAGUAAUGUCAUCAUAGGAUAAUUAAUUACAGCUGCAAGUACAAAUUUUACUGCGGGUUACAUACUGCUCAUAGUAUUAAGCUCACAUGAAUCCCCACCCUUUAAUUUUGGGAAACAUCAGAGAUUUUACACACUCGGAAAAGAGAAUUAUUACUUUUUGAAUUUGCCUCAUGAACAAUUGUGCGGAGGACAUGCAGUGGGUGCACCUGUUAUUUUCAUUUUGCUAGGUUGUCAUAGUGAUUAGAUUUGUUCGUCAUUCAUCAUUACAUUCCCCAUGGCAGCUUUUCACCGCUGUUGGAUCAAAACCUGGUGUCUUCCGAAAGCUUUGAAUUAGCAUUUAUGGGCCAUAUGGUUGUGAAAUUGUCUCUACGUGCAAAUCCUCAGCUUAAGGGAAAAGGAAAUACAUGAAAGUCGUUAAAAUUUGAGUUGUCUCCCCAGCGGUAGCGGUAAAUUGGUUUAUGGAUUCCUCUGUUUAACAUAUCAACAUAUAGAGAAGGUAGUUUAAUUUGUGACUUUCUUCAGUAUGGAUGCACCAGAACCAUAUAAUGUGGGUAAAGUUGAAUCUCAGGAUACCUUGGUAAGAAAAAAAAAAAAAAAAGUGUUCUUCUCAUGUCUUGUACAAGUAAGCCUUUGGAAAACAGAGACCUGGGGGGCAGUGUUCAGCUCUCUGGUGUCUCCCACACAAUAAAAUCCACUACAAAUGA